UGUUCGCUAUAUGGCAGUAGUUUAGUGCUUUUCACACGACCUCACGUGACUCCGCCAUUUUGUGUAAAAUACAGUUUACGUUCCACCUGGCCAUUGUAUACAACAGAUAACAGUUCGGAUUCCAUAACACUACAUUUUGGCGACUAAGCACGAGAUCAGUGCGGACUCUAGUGGAAUCGCGUGUCGCGAAUUUCCGUGUAACUUUUUUUUUGUGUUUCGGCCCGCGGUACGGCCAUGAGCGGCGACAGUGGACCGCCCCUACCCGCGCCGUUUUUGCCCCAUCCCGGGACGCCGGCCGUCCCGUGGAGGAACUGGGAACAAAAGUUCGAACUUUAUCUGUUGGCCAGGUGCGGCACGAGCCCCCUGCCCCCCGAGCAGCGGCGCGCUCUGCUCCUGUGCGCGAUCGGUGACGAGGCGUACCGGGUGUUCGACACCCUGCCGCCGGUCGCGAAACGUGACGGCGAGGACGACUACGACGUCACCCUCCGCCAGCUCCGGGAGUUCUACACUCCCCGGACCAACGUCAUCGUGGAACGAUUCCGGUUCCGACAGCGAGCCCAGGCCCCCACAGAGUCCACAGCAGACUUCGUUGCUGCUCUGCGCGGCCUGGCUCGCACCUGCCAGUUCGGCGCAAUGGAGUCGGAACUCAUCCGGGACGUGGUGGUGGAGAAGACCCCCCACCAGCGCCUGAGGGAGCGGCUCCUUCAGGACAGGGACCUCACUCUGGACAAGGUCCUGAGUGUCGCAGAGACCUAUGAGGACUCCCUGCGGGAGGCUGCAGCCAUCUCCCAACCAGUUGCAGCCCCACCCGUCUCAUCCGUGGCAAAAGUUACGAGGAAGCCACAACAGAAGCGACAGCAGCAGCAGCAGCAGAGCGUCAGCAGCGACUUCUGCACCAACUGUGGACGUGAGGACCACGCACCCAGGGAUGCUGCCUGUCCAGCCCGCAGAGUGACCUGCCACUCCUGCGGAAAGAAGGGCCACUUCGCCAGCUGGUGCAGAGGUGGCAGUGGAGCAACCCCUGCAAGGCCAGCUCAACGACAGCACCACAAGGCAGUGAAGGAGCUGAACGUGCUCUCCUGUGCUGCCACCACUGGGUCACGCCUCACCUGUACCGUCCAGGUGACUGCAGGUGACGUCACACAGGAGGUACCCCUCCAGGUGGACACGGGUGCCACCUGCUCACUCCUGAGUGUGAACCGUGCCAAGGAGCUGUUCAGAGGCGUGGCGUUCAGCCCCUCCAGCUCACGGCUCUACGGAUUCGGCCAGCAGCCACUCUCAGUCCUGGGAACGCUGCCUACCACAGUGACCUACAAUAAUCAGGCUGUGCCAACAAACUUCUACCUGGUGGACACCAAGAAGACGGAGGCCAUCAUGGGUAUGGACCUGCUGCAGGCCCUGGGAGUCACCCUCCACCCAGCCUCGCACAGCAUCUACACGGUGGCAGGCUCAGCCCCGUCAGAGCUACCUGCCAUCGAGGGCUACGUGCACCGCAUCAAGCUGAAGCCGGACGCAGUACCAACUGCCUACAAGCUGCGCCGGCUGCCCCUCUCCGUGCGAGAGGAGGUUUCCGCAGAGCUGAACAGUCUGCUGGAAGCAGGCAUCAUCGAGAGGAUCGACUCCUCUCAGUGGAUCAGCCCGCUGACCGUCUCAAGGAAGAAGGACGGCAGGAUCAGGGUCUGUGUAGACCUGCGUGGGCCGAACAGCCAAAUCGUCCCAGAGGUUCACCCACUGCCCACGAUCGACGAGCUGGAGUCCCAGCUCUGUGGCACCCUCUACAGCAGGAUCGACUUGAAGUCGGCCUACCACCAGCUGCGCCUGCACGAGGACUCGCGUGACAUCACCGCCUUCCUCACGCCAGACGGCCUGAUGCGCUACACCAGGGUCCCGUUCGGCCUGGUGUCUAGCGGCAGCGCGUUCCAGAAGCUGCUCAGUCAUCUACUGCAGGGUAUCGAUGGCUGUGGACACUAUCUGGAUGACAUCCUGGUCACCGGCCGUGAUCAGUCCGAGCACGACAGGCGCCUCCGCACCGUGCUGGACCGCCUCAAGCAGGCAAAUGUCACCAUCAAUACAGAGAAGUCCUCCUUCAGCCAGCCAGAGGUGGAGUUCUGCGGUCAUCAGCUCUCCAGGCACGGAGUGGUACCUCUCCUGUCUACCACCAAGGCCGUGGCCGAGGCCCCGCCUCCCACCAACGUAAAAGAGCUGCGCAGUCUCCUGGGCUCAACCGGCUGGUUCAGCAGGUUCGUGCCUCAGUACUCCGCUGUGGUGAGACCCCUCGCCAUCAUGCUGAAGAAGGACGCCACGUUCCAGUGGACCAAGGAGGCCAACGACGCCUUCAACGAGGUGAAACGGCUCAUCUCAGCCAGGCCGGUGAUGAAGCCCUUCAGCGCCCGCCUCCGGACGAUCGUGACGACCGACGCCGAGUCGCGGUACUCCGUCUCCGAGAAGGAAGCCCUCAGCGCGGUCAAUGCUGUCGAGCAUUGGCGGACGUACCUGUGGGGCCGUUCAUUCACCCUGCGGACGGACCACUCUGCGCUCACCACUCUGCUCACGCCGAAGACGUCCAACCGCGCCGGCGCGCGCAUCGCCAGGUGGCAGUCCCGCCUGCUGCCGUACUCGUACACAGUGGAGUACCGGCCCGGGCGCAGCAUCCCAGUGGCUGACGCCCUGUCGCGGCUGCCGCUGCCGGACACCGGCGCCGCCGAGACGGACGGCGACGAGAUCGUCGCCCUGCUCACCGAUGACGUCAGUGACGUCAUCACUGAUGACGAUGUAUGUGCCGCGUCGGCCGCCGAUCCAGUCAUGGAGCAGCUGCGGUCUGUCAUCCGCACCGGCUGGCCCGACGCCGCGCGCCAGUGCACGCCAGAGACGCGCGACUACUUCGCCGUGCGGCACGAGCUGCAAGUCCGCCAGGACGGAGUCGUGCUGCGCGGCCCGGACCGCGCCGUCGUCCCGGCCGCGCUCCGCUCAAAGUACCUCCAACUGGCGCACCGAGCGCACGAUGGUGUCGUGCGAACAAAGCAGCUCCUCCGCGACCUCGCCUGGUGGCCUGGAAUGUCGAAGGACGCCGCUGCACUGGUCGCCGACUGCCCGUCCUGCCACGCAGAGGACGCCGUGCUGACGCAGCAGGCGCGCCCCGCGCCGCUGCAACCGGUCGAGCUUCCAGACCGGCCCUGGUCUAAGCUCGGACUGGACAUCGUGGGCCCGAUCCCCGGCGCCCCACCGUCUGCAAAGUACGCCAUUACUAUGACGGAUUACCAUAGUAAGUGGCCAGAGGUCGCUCUGACGUCAUCCAUCGAGACUGAUGACGUCAUCCAGUUCCUGAGCCAGGCCUGGUCCAGAGAGGGACUGUGUGACGAGCUGGUGACCGACAACGGACCCCAGUUCACCAGCGACAGGUUCCGACAGUAUCUGGCCCAGCGCGGUAUCAGACACCACACGUCUGCCGUCUACUGGCCGCGCGGAAACGGAGCAGUGGAGCGGCUCAACCGAGAGGUGAAGGUGUGGCUCAAGGAGGCCACACAGCUGCAGUCGCGGACGGCCGCCAGCUUCAGCGGACACGUGCGACAGCGCCUCGCUCUGUACCGAGCGACCCCGCACUGCACCACCGGCCAGUCACCCUCGGCGCUCCUGCACGGCCGGCGCAUGCGUCUGCACCUGCCGGUCACCACAGAGACUCCGCCGCGCGACAGCUCGCUACAGCACCGAGUCGCUACCCAGCAGCAGCGCAACAGCCGCGGGUACGACUCGCGACAGGCCACCCGGCCGUCAGAUCUCCAGCCUGGCGACACGGUGCGCGUGCGGCGACAGGGGCACGUGCCCAAGAACCAGAGUCGGUUCUCCAGCCCGCGCCGAAUCGCCAGACAGCUCGGCCCGGCGACCUUCAUCCUGUCUGACGGGACAAAGAGGAACGCUGCACACCUCGCCCGCAUCCCAGACGCGGUGCCGACCGGCUCAGCACCUCCGAGCACCGACGGGCCGGAACCGCCGCCGCCGCCGCCGCCGGCCGACCCGGCUCCUCCGAGCUCCGGCGAGCCCCAGCCGCCAUCGCCGCAGCCGACAGCGUCCACCGCGCCACCUACAGCGCCGACAGAGAGCGCCCGCCCGUCAGAUGUCGCUGACGUCGCGCUGCCGGCCGCCACCGGCGCUGCUCGCGACCGGUCCCCCGGUGGGCCGCGCCCGCCUCAGAGGGCGCCCGUCGGCGGCACCCCGCGCCGGAUCGGCCGUCGCCACCGGCGCCGCGAUCAUCCAUCACAGACCCGGUGCGUAUCGCGCCAGGACAGCGCGACGCACGCCAGCUCCGCCGCCGACCGGUGCUGA